UAGACCCGGAGUGGCUGCGCUGAACGGACGGCUCUUUGCCGUGGGUGGCUACAGCGGGAGGGAGCAUCUCAGCUCGGUCGAGUGCUACAGCCCCAACUCUGACACCUGGAGAAUGUUGGAGAGUAUGAGCGUCCCGAGAAACAGCCCCACCGCGGCUGCUCACGACGGCUGUCUCUACGUGGCAGGAGGACACAGCGGGAAGACGUUGCUACAGAGCGUUGAGAGAUACGACCCGCAGACCAACAAGUGGUCGACUGUGGCACCCAUGAGCACAGCUCGCUGCGAUUUCGGGAUGGCGGUCUCGGACAGAGGCAGUGGUGGCGGUGCACAUGAUAGAAGGACUGAACCACAGCCAGUAGGGACAUGGAUCUGAGCACAGUUGCACACUCUAGAAGACAGACUUUUUACUCACACUCACACAUCUUGUUUCAGUGAACAUGGUUCUGUAUUUUCACCAACAUUUUCCAUGUGCUUUGUUUGUCAACUUGUUUGACCAAACCAAUCUCUAAUGAGCACAAUGUUGUACCUUUUUGAUGCCAAAGUGAACCUUACCCUAAUACACACGUGACACAUGUUUUAAAGAAUUGUCUAGAUUUACAUGAUGUGGGGACACAAUUGGACAGGUAUUAGUCUCACUGUGAACUAGGCAGGAUUUGGCAUGACACGCACCAUACAGGACACACAUUAUUUAACCCUAAAAAUCAGAAACUCUCCCCUUUCUCUCCCAGUCUCCAUAACGAGUUGGUUCAGGCCCCCUAGGUCCAUCCCUCUCCCCAGUUUCAUGAUUAACCCCGUCUGGCCACUCGGGCAGAGGCUCCUUCUCUGCAUCUGGAUGUUUCUCUUCUUUGGCUGGACCGUCUUCCCUCCCUCCUCCCUGGCUUGUUGGAGGCUUUUCUCCCGAGUUCAGUCCUCGAUAUGUAGUGACACUAGCAGUUCUUAUCGACCACACAUCCACUGAUCUAUUUCCUAUUCUUCCUCUUGCUGCAUGCCUAAGGAAUGAGCAAGCCCUGAUCAUUGAAGACAUUCUGUGUUUGCAGCAGAGAGGUCAAAGGAUAAUUUUAACCCUUUCUGCACUGCUGAAAAGCGCGCGGUCUGGUCGUCUGCGCUGCAUGCACAGAGGAAGUUUUUGGGGACAGUUGUAGCUUUCCAGGGGUGUUUCUGUGAAUAAUGGCAAACCUGAGCGUCUCUACGGAAAUGCCGCAGUCUCUAGACCAGCGGAAAAUCUGGUUCACCAACCUCCUUAUGCUGGGAUUCGACCACAUUGCUCAGGAAGACAAGACCAAAGUCCACUUCUGCAAGGAGAUGUUUGGCCACAUCAACAAGAAAGGGACGGAGGUUAUUCUGCACUAUCUGUUCAACAGGCUUGACUCUCAUAUCGCCUAUGAAGAGUUCAGAGAUUGCUGGCCUGUCUAUGACAAGAAACAGGAGGCCCAGUUUCGUAAAGUCUGCUCCAACUGGAUGACCAGGAUCUCCAAGGAAGAUCCAGAGUCCAAGAUUCCCAGGUUGUCUGCCUCACUGCUGAUGUCCCCUGGAGGUGAACGGUUUGAGCAGCUGAUGCUGCGGUUCACUGCCCACGUCCUCAGAGUCGUGUGUAUGAGAGAGGCCAAGGGAGAAGAAAAGCAGGUGUACCUCUCAUCGUUUGUCACCUCCCCGGCCUCCCUCCACCCCUCCUCCCCCUCCUCCUCCGGCCCUCACCUCCUGAGACGAGCUCUCCAGUGCCACAUCAUCAGGCACAGUCAGAAGGUGGCCCAGAGACUCCGGCUGACCUCUGACCUACACGACCACUGGAGACAGUUUGUGGCUGAUCAGGUGAAGGAGUACAGAUCUCUGGGAAGACAGAAACGGGAGUUGGAGGCUCAGCUAAAAGAUGCUUCUACUGUUCUAUCCAGCAGUCAACACGAGAGCUGCAGUGGAGGGUCUACUCCAGCAGGGGACAGAGCCAGGAAAAGCAAGAUGAAGAUGGUGAGGGGUUACUGGAAAUCUCUGGAUGAAUUUCUGUCAAAAUCUUCUCAUGAGAGAGAGGUGGUGGGUACAGUGGCCAGAGGCAAUGCCAAUAAGUACACCAUUGAUGCCAAAGACCUCCAUUUUCAGAUACCAGAGGCUGUUCAACACCUGUAUGAAGCUAAACUGAGAGAGGGAACAGUUGGAAACACGUACGAAGGUGGGAAGCUGAAUUUAGUGAGUCUUCUACAGCUGUGGAACUGUGCCCUGGAAGUGAUGAGGGACACGUUUAGAGAAUGUGAGGUGCCAUCGUUUCAGGAGGAGAGUGAGGAGAUGAAGGAGCUACUGCAGGCGCACAGAGUCAACCUGGCAACCUCUCACAACCUCAGGGCAUCUCUUAUGGAAUAUCAACAGUCACUGCAGGAGAGUAUGGAGAGAUUGGAGGAGGAGCUGAGGACACUGAGGUCUCAGUGUGGACAGGGGGGAGAGGAGGGAGAGGGGGGAGAGGAGGGGGAGGGGGAGGGAGAAGAGAGAGGAGACAGGGACAGAGACAGUGGUCUACAAACUCCGCAGCAGUUUCAUAUACCCCCAAUCACACUCCCUAGUCUGGAAAUGGAUCUGCUGCCACCGUCUCCUCGCAAGGCACAGUCUCUGUCUUCUCCUGACGUGAGACAUCUUCAGAACCACCUCUCCCAUCUCUCCCUCCCCUGUGACUCCUCGUCCACACCUGAAGCAGUGCACAACAUCUCCAUGAGUGUCCAGAGACGCUCUCGCUCCCGGCAACUGGCACAGUCACACUCCCAUCCCUCCUCCUCACCAAACUCCACCCUCCACCCUCACCAUCAUCACCAGAAGCACCACGAGCGACCUAGUGCUACUGCUGAUACUGACAGCAGAAGGGAGACGUCAAGAGGUGACCCGUCCUCCAGGAAAAGGUCGUCGAUUCCCGUCAAAAAGAAACAAGAGAGGCCUUCUAAAACCAGGCCACACCCACCAAUUACAUCGUCUGCUCGUGCUAGUGAGGGAAGAGUGGCGAUGGAAACCACACCCAUUACGUCUCAGGCAAAAGGCCCAGGAUCUCCCCCCACCAACCUUCGACUCAUGGACGCCAUGCCUGCUGCACACGACAUUCUGGCUACACAGAUAGCUGCAGCCAUGGCUGAUGAUUCCCCAACAUCUCCCCAUGCACCAGAGCCAGAGAUUCAUUCCCUGGCUGAUCCCAUGUCAGCACUUGGUGAGCACUAUAUAGCAGCUAUAUGUAAAGAAGCCUUUGUUUCACAUGACAAGAUCCCAAGGACUCCAGUAAAGGACACAACCACGGUCUCAGAGUCCAGCCCUUGUCUGCCAGAAUUUACUCCGUCCCACAGUCUUCUGCCGGUCCUCCUGUUUCUACUGACUCACCUCUCACACCAGUCCCCAAUAUCACCACUUCUACCAUUGCCCACACCCUCGCUAGCACCACUGGCACCACUUCCCUACUCACACCUGUCACAAUCACACAGGCAUCAUUUCUAUCUUCACCUCAACCAUCUCCUCACGCCUCUCUCGUAUCACUCCAGCAACCUUCACCAAAGUCACCUUUACACACACUCACCAAGGUCACCUUCACACACAAUACCCAAGUCACCUUCACACACACUUCACCAAAGUCACAUUCGCACAGUUUCACAUCACCGUGGCUGUCAAAAUCUUCUCCAAAAUCUUUAUGUCAUCAAACUCACCUCUCCACACUCCCAUCCAGUCACGUUACUCCACAUCACAAUGUGACCCAAUCUGCUACACAUCACAAUACCUUACUCACUCAACCAUCCAGCAAUGUGACCCGUACACCACAUCAACCGACCAAAAGAUAUGUCGCUUUGAUCAACGAUCACCGUCAGUCCUUCCCUUGCUAUUCAUCCUCGACCACAUUUCUCGUCUCUCCUUCUACUUCUCUCUGGCUGGACCCUCUUCUGAUUGAUGACUUCAGUUCCUGUGACAGGUCAGGUUCAAUGGCCAAUAUCUCGUGGAAAGAGCCCAGGUCAAGGUUAACUGGCCCAGCUCACAUUGUGAUUGGCCCAGAUCAAGGUUCAACUGGCCCAGCUC